AUGAAGGCUGCCUACACCGCCUAUCGAUGCCUCACCAAAGACCUAGAAGGCUGCGCCAUGAACCCGGAGCUGACAAUGGAAAGUCUGGGCACUUUGCACGGGCCGGCCGGCGGCGGCAGCGGCGGGGGCGGCGGCGGGGGCGGCGGGGGCGGCGGCGGGGGCCCGGGCCAUGAUCAAGAACUGCUGGCCAGCCCCAGCCCCCACCACGCGGGCCGCGGCGCCGCUGGCUCGCUGCGGGGCCCGCCGCCGCCAACGGCACACCAAGAACUGGGCACGGCGGCGGCGGCAGCAGCGGCGGCGUCGCGCUCGGCCAUGGUCACUAGCAUGGCCUCGAUACUGGACGGCGGCGACUACCGGCCCGAGCUCUCCAUCCCGCUCCAUCACGCCAUGAGCAUGUCCUGCGACUCGUCCCCGCCCGGCAUGGGCAUGAGCAACACCUACACCACGCUGACGCCGCUCCAGCCGCUGCCUCCCAUCUCCACCGUGUCGGACAAGUUCCACCACCCGCACCCACACCACCACCCACACCACCACCACCACCACCACCACCAGCGCCUGUCGGGCAACGUCAGCGGCAGCUUCACCCUCAUGCGCGACGAGCGCGGGCUCCCGGCCAUGAACAACCUCUACAGCCCCUACAAGGAGAUGCCCGGCAUGAGCCAGAGCCUGUCCCCGCUGACCGCCACACCGCUGGGCAACGGGCUGGGCGGCCUCCACAACGCGCAGCAGAGCCUGCCCAACUACGGGCCCCCGGGCCACGACAAAAUGCUCAGCCCCAACUUCGAGGCGCACCACACUGCCAUGCUUACCCGCGGUGAGCAACACCUGUCCCGCGGCCUGGGCACCCCGCCCGCAGCCAUGAUGUCGCACCUCAACGGGCUGCACCACCCGGGCCACGCUCAGUCCCACGGGCCGGUGCUGGCGCCGAGCCGCGAGAGGCCACCCUCAUCCUCUUCAGGAUCGCAGGUGGCCACGUCAGGCCAGCUGGAGGAAAUCAACACCAAAGAGGUGGCCCAGCGCAUCACCGCGGAGCUGAAGCGCUACAGCAUCCCACAGGCGAUCUUCGCGCAGAGGGUGUUGUGCCGGUCUCAGGGGACUCUCUCCGACCUGCUCCGGAACCCAAAACCGUGGAGUAAACUCAAAUCUGGCAGGGAGACCUUCCGCAGGAUGUGGAAGUGGCUGCAGGAGCCCGAGUUCCAGCGCAUGUCCGCCUUACGCCUGGCAGCGUGCAAACGCAAAGAACAAGAACCAAACAAAGACAGGAACAAUUCUCAGAAGAAAUCCCGCCUGGUGUUCACUGACCUCCAACGCCGAACGCUCUUCGCCAUUUUCAAGGAGAACAAACGCCCGUCCAAAGAGAUGCAGAUCACCAUUUCCCAGCAGCUGGGCCUGGAGCUCACAACCGUCAGCAACUUCUUCAUGAACGCCCGGCGCCGCAGCCUGGAGAAGUGGCAGGACGAUCUGAGCACAGGGGGCUCCUCGUCCACCUCCAGCACGUGUACCAAAGCGUGAUGGAAGGACUCCCAGUUGGGCACAAGUCGCCUCCAAAUGAGGACCACAGAUACCAAAAGAAAAGGCAAAGGAAAAAGACACCGGAUUCUUAGCUGGGGCCCUUCACUGGUGAUUUGAAAGCACAAUUCUCUUGAAAAGAAACUUCUAUUCUAGCUGUAAUCAUAGGCCAGGUGUUCUUUUUGUUUAUUUGUUUUUAAUGGCUAUGGAGUCCAAGUGCAAGCUGAACAUUAAUCUCUUCGAACCGGACAUUGUCCUCUGAGCGAGCGUGCUAAUAAGCACCCCGGAAACCCCAUUGGGGCCUUCCUGGAGCAAGUCAGUUUCAAUGUGGUGUCAGCCAAGCUCAGGAUUGCUUAGAAUGUCAACAGUCCGACUUUGGGUCCUCUCAGCCUCUUGCAGUCAGAGUUUCCUUGAGUAAUAGUGGGACUUUGGCCUGUGUAGGGACUCUGAGUUUGAGCUCCCAAGAUGCUAUAGUAAGAGAAGAAUCUAGCAACAAGAAUGACCUCGUUUGCUUUCUAAGUGCUUAGCCUCAUCCUACCAUAGUACACUAACGUUCACAGCCAUGACAUAAAAACCAUCAGAAUGACAAUUACUGAGCACAAGUUUUAAAUAAGGAAGUUAAAAAAAAAAAAAAACCCGAGGACCUGUUUUUCCAACUCAGGCAUCUUUUUCAUUGAAUGGUUUAGAAAACUUUACAUUGAUCCAGUUUAUGUUUUCCUUUUCCUUACCUCCUGGAAACCUCAUGUGGUCUUGGAUCCAUCAAAG